UCCCUGUUACUUGGUGUAACUGGUCCAGAGCUCUUUAACUUCGAGCGAAGGAGUGAUCUAACCAUUACAUGAUGACCUCAAAGAGCUUCUGACUUUGUUUUGGAUUACUUUUGUGAUCAUCUCUGGAUGGGAGAACUUGGCGGACAGUCGAUAAUGGAAUACUAGCAUUAAGGUAACAUCCUCAUUUCAGUCUGAAAGCUUCAGCCUCAGACUCCAAAUGUGUGUGAAGGUACGCUGCGAUACAAGCAGGGCCAGUGAGGAAUGUAACGUAAAGCCUUUCCCGUUUUGUUCAUUUUUCUAUAUUUUGUAUGCUAUUUACACAUUAUCUGUGGCUUUGUGGACUACUGUCUGUUCUUGAAGUGUAAUUGAUUUAAACACAGAAGUUAACCUUGAGCAGCUUUUGGUAAUAUUUCUAGCAGAAUUAAUUAAAAGUUAAAAGACAAGCGCUCACUAUGCAAUUGUUUGAAUUCCACACCUUGACAACGUAUCAUUUUCUCCUAGAAACACAGACGCAGUGGCAGGUCGGUAACAGGGAGAACACGUUGGCUCAUUUGAGAGAACAAAACGUUCAAUCACAGACAGAGAGGCCGGACUCCUUCACGAACCUUGCUCUACUUCUUUCAGCUUUUUAAGCUAAACACAUGAGAAUGUGCUCCCAAAUCCUUUGAGCAAUUUUUUAAUCGGCUCUUCUUGGCAGUCUAGGUAGGGGUGAGAGAGGGAGAGAGAGAGAGAGAGAGAGAGAGAGAGAGAGAGAGAGAGAGGGAGAAAUCUAUCCAGGAAUUGAAUCCAAUGCUCCAUUUCUCAGCAGCCAAACACUGUUUCCCUCACACAGCCUUGUGCUUCUAGCAGAUUAUGUUCAGGGCCUCUAAAAAAAAAGAAAUCCAUGCGUCGCUAAGGACAUUGUUUAUAUGCCCAUUUGAAUGAAAUCAUUUGCGGUUUAGUUGUACCUCAGUUGUCAAAGGCCUUCAGAAAAGCCACGACAUUCCCCGUUGACUUCAGCAAGCUGGAGUUCCAGCCUUGAAAGUGAAAUAUGUACUAAUGAAAGUCUUCAUCAUGGCCACUACUACCGAACAUAUCAACAUUUGAAUUGCGACACACGCUUUUAUUCUCUCUGCUGAGCAUGUUGUUGAACACAAGCAACUCAUGUUGAAACUCAUGGGAAAAUGAACUUGAGUCAAUUUGAUUGAUGCCACAGAGGAAAUCUCUGCUGAAGCUGUUUCUCAUACAGUUAAAAAUAUACGCGAGGGCUCAGUGGCGUGCGGAUCUGCGUCACUGGCUCGGGAUGGUUGAACUUGUGAUGGUGUAAACAGACCCUGAUCAGGGUCACAACUGAACCAACCAGGUUACACAGUUCACCUCAGAGGCACAUUUAAUGUCGCCCGUCUUCUCUAGACUUCUCUUAUAUAUAUAUAUAUAUAUAUAUAUAUAUAUAUAUUAGUAUUCUCGGAUCAAUAAAGAAACUCACUGAUAUAUUUUAACAGACUGCCAGACAAAUGUACCAUCUCAACGGAUGUUUUCACUUUAUAAGCGUUGGAAAUAAUAAAUACACCCAGAAACGUCUUAAAAUGAAAUACCAGUGUAUCACUUUAUCUAGCACAAUGUAUUGAAAUAAAAACAGGAUAAUAAACGUAUUCUUAACUUUGUGUCACACAAUGCAACAUUAGACCAAAUACCUCUGCUUUCACACACUUUUUGUGAUUGUGACAGUGACGCAUACACACCCCAGUAAUAACUUAAGUAAGCCGUCAAAUUAGCCUUUAAAAUAACAAACGUUGCAGGCCUGUUUUGAUGGUCGAGUUCGUAGAAAUGUUCAUUUUAACAUUCUUAGCAAUGAACAUUACAUUUUAUCACACAAAUGAAAUAUGUACCUCAACUUGUAAUUAACUGUUUCGUUAUUUAUUUAUUGAGUCAAACUAUUGGUUGAAACUGGAUGUAUACAUGUUUUUUUUACAUGAGCCACACCCUCCCCCUUUCUAAUUAUCUGAUGUCCUCAGCAGAUUCCUAACAUUACUCUUUUUACAGGAAGUGGGAAGAGUGGCUGAGUGUUUUCUUUGCGUUUAGUUCAUUCCAAUCUUUAUUACAAUUCCUCCUUCCAUGUAUAAUAAUGAUUGGCUGUUGGAUGCUGGUCUUUUGCUUCACCUAGCUCAUCAUAAGUUAACCUAACAACUGGUUUAACUGUCUUGUUUAGUCUGCUUUCAGGGGGGGAAUCUCAGUCCUUGUCUUAUUGCGAGUCCUCUAUGUCAGAAGGAUUCUCAGAUUCUGGAUCAGAAUCUUGGUCAGGUUGAACCAUCUUCUCCGGGAUUUUUCAUUUGAUUGCCAUUCUGAUUGUCACUAUCUUCAACCUAAUUCACUGACCGAAAUCCCCAACUUUUUACGUGACUUAUUUUUCAGCGUCUUCUUAUCGACUUAGACUGCCCCUUCCAUCAUAACGCUCUUUCCCGAAGAGCCCCUUUUCUAUGAGCCUCCUCCCACAAUGAGAGACCGCUUGGAGGAGUUUCAUCUGCGGGCUGCAAACGUUUCUGCGGACGAUAGUGAGUCGAUCAGCUCUUCUUCGGCGGAGGGAGUCAAUGGCGACUCUGUGGCGGCCGCUGAGCCGCAGGCUGUGGUGUUCGAGGAGGAGCCGAUUUUUGAGAACUUCAUGUCGGAGGCUCAGCAAAUCAGAGAUGAUAUCACAGUGCUCAACACAGAGGUUCUUAAAUUUGGCCAGCAGCAGAAAUCGUUGGUGGCGACCAUGCGUCGAUUCAGCGUGAUGAAGAAAGAGAGCAGCGUAACCCGGGACGUCAAGCUCAAGGCCGAGAGCGUCCACCGCCGCUUGGACGCGCUGUCCAAACAGGCGCAGAGGACCGAGGACCAGCUGGGGCCGACGUCUGUUACCACCAGAAUACAACGCUCCCAGCAUGCAGCGCUUCUCAGCAAAUUUCAAAAGGUAAUGCUGCUGUAUAAUGAAGGUCUGCUGAUCAAGCAGGAGCGAUGUAAGGACUUCAUUCAGCGGCAGCUGGAGGUAUCUGGAAGGGAUGUGACGGAGGAUGAGGUGAAUGAAAUGGUGGACUCGGGAAAAUGGGAAGUCUUCAACGAGAACUUGCUGAACGAUGCCAGAAUCACACGGUCCCAACUAUCGGAAAUUGAACAACGACACAAGGAGCUGUUGAGUCUGGAGAACAACAUGAAGGAGCUGAGGGACCUGUUCUUUGACAUUUUCAUGUUGGUUGAGGAACAAGGGGCCUACAUUGAGCACAUCCAGACCAAUGUAGAAAGGACACAGGAUUAUGUGGCCGUAACUAAUGAGAAGUUCAAGACGGCUGCCAGAUAUAAGAAGAAGAACCCACUUCGUCAGCUGUGCUGCUGCUGCUGCCCACCCUGGAGAUGCUGCCUCUGAAAAGUGUGUGCAAUGACUUUGAAUAACAUCUUAUUUCAAAAAGUCCCACUUAACUUUUGGGGGUGAGCAACGUUGGAUUCAAGUACCAAUAAAGUGAAGGUUAUGGCUUUGUUUUUUCUGUUGCUGUCAAACACGGCGAAGGUGGAGACGGAUUCAGCAGAGCAAAGAAAACAAUUAGGGGGAAAAGCCAGAAUUGGUAUUUGAGGCACUUGUUUCUUUCAAAAAGGAUGGGAGUGGACUGCUGUAAGAGACAGUUCAGUGAGUGCUACUCACCAACACUGCUGCUUAUUGGAGACCUUCGCUGUCAUCUGACAGAGGUCACAAACAAGGGGAAACCACUGCCUCUGCAGGAUCAGCAGCACGGAUCUCUUAUUCCACGGAGCUCUGGUUAAUGUCAUGUUAUCAUGCACUUUACAUAGGAGUACAUGCACGUCUACUAUUAAUAUAUCUAUAUACAUGUAUUUAUGUAUAUAUCUUUUAAUAGAUCAGUUUUUUUCUUUUGAGCACAAACCAAAACUUAUUUUGAGGCAUAUUCUCUCUUUUAAUUUUUCAGCCAUUAUGUAUUAAAAUUGAUUUGAAAAAAAAGCCGGGAUUUA